AUGAUAAAGCUUAUAGUACCGUUUACUCUUGCCUUUUUGCAGGACACAUUAGGUAAGACAAUGGAAAUUGAAAAUACCCUGGAGUCUGCAGCAAAGAUCGUUAGUGGAAUGGGGCAAGAAUUCACCAACACAUUUGAGGUCUUGGGCAACAUAAAGGAAGGCUUCCAAGACGUUCUAAAGCACAACUUGGAAGAUGGUUUCAUACAAAACCUGUGCUACUCUGUGCUGUGUGGUGGUUUCAUGCUGCUGAAAUGUUGCUACGCAAAUCUCAAAAAAACGAUCCAGGAAAUGGAGAAAGAGGAACUACCUAAAAGAUUACAUCCCUAUGUCAGGGAGAUAAGAAAUUAUUUUGAGUCCAUGGAAAAAAAGCUCCAGGAGUUAGAUGAUAUAGCGACAGAGAUAUGGACAACGGCAAGUACUUUUCUUAAAGACUUUGCGUUAAAUAUUUAUCACGUACUUAAUGAGCUCUACAACUUAUCUUUGCCGCGCUGUCAUAAUGCCACGUCAGCCUUCGAAAGGCGCUUGAAAGGGUAGGUAACAGGAAGUUGCCGUCCCUUUGUUUCCAGUUUUAGGUGACACCUAUUCUUUUUAUCAGAACUUUAAUUAUUUUCUCAGUACUUUUUGCUUAAACCCUUCAAACCGAGAUUAUUCCGGUGAGCUGGAUAUUUUUGUCAAAAGAGGGCGAAUUCUCAUUUUGUUAAACGAAUCUAAAGGACUGUAUUCAAGUUCAGGAAAAGCUAUGGGAAAAUUCAUCUUCGUGAGUAUGUGAGGUGUGUGUACCGUAAAUGACCUAAUAAACGCCCACUUCCAAACAAACGCCUCUUAUCUAAUAAACGCCCCCCUCUACGCUGUUGAAAUUGUAUUGGACGCCCCUCUCUAAUAAUAUAAAUGGCCCCUGUCUUAAAGAGGCCCCUUAUCUGGAUUACUCCAAAUGAGCAAAAUCAUUCCAUUCAUUCGGUUUGUUGUUUGGUUAAAAAGGCUUUCGUAUUUUAUCUUGUUUAACGUCAAGUUAAGAGUAAGGAUAGACUAACGAUGGCAACAAUUAAAAGUAACCCUGACCGAAGAUUCUGACAUCGAUGUUGGGGUUUGAUAGAGAGAUAUGGAUCUUUAGACGGCCUAGGUGUAUCAAUUGAUGGACUGGAUAUUUUCUUUUUUAAACUCUCAUAAUAUUUUUGCCGAAUGCUUAUUAGUUUGGUUGAGCUUGUUGGAGGCAGCGUGGCCGAGUGGUUAGAGCGCUGGACUUGCAAUUCGGAGGCCCCCAAGACCAAGUUCAAGUCCCGCCCUGACCGCUAGCUGGAUUUUUUCGCGGUAGUCCCGAGUUUAAAUCCUCGGCCAUGCUCAGAUAGCCAGCUGGUUUGCCUCCGGCCAGCUGGGAUUCUUAACCCUGUUAUGUUUGAUUAUUUAACAAUUAAUGAAUGAGGCUGAGAAUCUUAUGAAGAAUUAUGGAGAUCGAGGAGGGUGUUAUCCCUCGAGGUCGUAGACUGAGGCGGAUAGCACCCUCCGAGAUCGCCAUAAUUCUUCAUAUGAUACGAAAGCCGAAUUCAAUAAUUGUUUUAUUAUUCAUUCAAAAUAAUUCCUAGUUUAAAAACAUGGCUAAACAUGCUUACCUCCAUCGAUCCAUCGAUGUUAAGUUCGUCUUCAAUAGUGCACGUUUAGGGUUGUUCAGCUCCGCAAAUAUUCUCCAAAUAGCAGAUGUCGACCUUCGAGUUGUCUUCUUGCUGUUCUUGCCAUGUUUUUAGCUAUUUUUUCGCCUAGUUCUCACUCUUAAAACGAGUGAAAUGUCCGCCAUUUUUCAAGUUCUCAACCAAAACAACUCAACCUCGUCCCCAGGUCUUCUCGGUUAACGGUGCAUUAACCUGUAGAAGACUGCAUUUUUAACGUCAUUUCCUCGUUAAACACAAAAUUCUUUCAAAUUUGGUCAUCAGUAACUGGUUAUAGUGAAUUAUGCGUGUUCUUUUAGCCAAUCAGAAUUGCGGAAAUAUUUUGAACGAAUGAUAAAUUUGGAUUAUAUUUUUCAGUCAUUUGCUCGGCCCCACUAGCAUAAGUGCUAUAAAUACUGCCGAGGGUAAAUAAAGGAAUUAUUUAUUUGUUCAUUUACAGCUAUGAUUCAGAUUAAACGCCCCCUCUUGGACCCCUAAAUUAAAUAGACGCCUCGGGCGUUUAUUAGGUCAUUUACGGUAUUUGUGUUUACUUCAUCCAUCGUAAUUAGAUGCGUCCUGCAGCGAAUUCUCCGUACCAAGGAUGGCUGACAAUUGUGCACUUCCAAAAAUGUCAGGCAGACUCAACCUCCCAAAGAUGUAAAACGAUCAGCUCGAUCAUAAGUUUAUUCCCUUUUGAUUUUCUUAAUACAGACAGCAACAUAAUAAAUGUUAGAUCAAAUUAAUGUAAUGAUAGCAAUAAGGACAUAAAGCACUUUUGACAAGAAAUAUUUCACACACUUUUUCGAUAUUUUUAGGCUGAGUAUGAUAAAUAACAAUUAUUCCACGAGGGCGCGUUGGAUAUGAGAUGACAGAUAGCCAACGAGGCGCGUAGCGCCGAGUUGGCUAUAAUCAUCUCAUAUCCAACAAGCGCGAGUGGAAUAAUUGUUUUAUUAAAAACGCCCACAAAAUCUCGUUGAAUCUCCCCGACUAGAACAAACCGGAAAAGGCAAGGGACUUCCGCUAUUCACAUGUCACACGUCUAUCAAAACUGUCAACGCGCGAACGGACUGCCUGGGCUGCAUGAAUGAAAAAUCAAAACAUUGUAGCGAUGAACAGUAGUUUUUUAAAAACUCAUCGGGAUUCUAGGAUUUUACUCAGCAGAACAGAUAAAAAACCUGGCAGAUAAUGUGAAGGAAAAAAAUUUUUAAGUGACAGCCGUCGAAAUUACUGUGAAUUUAGAUUUUCGGUGCAGUUAUAAAAGUAAGAACAACGGAGAAAAACUAUUACCUCGGUCGCUUGUUAUGAAGUUGUUUGAAGCCACAAGCUGGUGUUGCUGAACGAGAAAAGAAGCUAUACUGCCGCCUCGAUUGCUCUAGUGAAUGGCUGCAUAGCCUGUAUUUGUAGCUGGUUGCUUGUGAUUCAUAUUCUUGAUGUCGGAUAAACAAGCCGCAGUUAUCUAUCGGGGAGUGACUCGAUGGGCGAAUGGCUUCGCGAUCAUGAAGAAACAACACUUGUCUUCUUUCGUAGCUGGUCAAGGUACUUUAGUUCCAUGUGUUUUCAUGUGUUUUUCGACAAACUUUCAAACAAGCUCUUGUGGCUUUUUUGUUUGUUUUGUCUUUUUUCUGUCGAUGAAAUUGCAUUUCUAGUAUUCUAAGAAAUGAAUUAAAACGAUUUGCUUCGGGCGCCGUUCUAUCCUUCGCGAAAAAAAAUCUCAGCUAGCUUCCAAUUUUAAACUGACGCGUACACCGACCAUAUAUGGAGAGCAUGGUAUAAUAGCUCAUAUACCAUAACGGCUAAGCCAAUCAAAAUGCUAGAAUUGCAUUAUCCAAUGAUUCAGUUUUUAAUAAUUAAUAAUAUUAUUGAAAGAGGCUGAUUUUGAUAUGAAGAAUUUUGUAGAUCGAGGAGGGGAUUAUCCACCGACGUCGAAGGACGACUGUCUUUAAAACAUUCUGUUAGUUCUGCGCUUAUUCCAUUAUGACCAAAGCAGCUGAGCUGCCACGCCACUGUGUUAGUGGCACUUCUCGCCAAUCGUUGAUGUCGCAUGGACUGACGUCAAUGAUUGAAUAUUACCUGCAACUCCCAAAUUUGAUCAGCACUAACUGGUAAUAAAGAAGUCAAUUAGAAAGAACGAAAUAUUUUGAAUGAAUAAUAAGAUUAGAGAAAUUACGCAAAACUACGAUUGUGGUAUCCGCCACAAAAUUGCCUAAAUUCAAAAAAGAAUAUAAAUUAUUCCAAAUAUUCCAGGUUUAUAAGUAUUUAAAUGUUAAUUAAUAAAACAAUCGAUUCUUUUGUACAUGAAGGUGUACCGAUCAUGCAUGUUACCCAAGCAGUCAUCAUUCCAUUUAACCCUGGUAUGUUUAUGAAAUUCAGUCUUGCUGAAUUUACUCUCUUUCUUUACAAAUCCUUACGCAGAUCAGGGAAUCUAAACCCCGAAAAUACAAACUAAACGCAGAGGAAAAGUUUGAGCUGAAAAUGCUAAUAAGGAAUUUCAAAAGAGAUUUGAAAACAACUGAGGACAAGUACAAAGACGCAGAUAGAGCCCUGAAGUCUCUUCAGUCGGAGCUUGAAACCUACUUAACAAAGGAAGGCGUUUUAGCUGCAGGUGCGUCAGCACUGGCGGGGGCAGGCGCUGGAGCAGCUUGCGGAGUAGGUGAGUAAAUCGUAGGACAGCUUGACAGUAGAUCAUUCAGUUUUCGUUGAAUACAUACUCAGUCCUUCACGAGAGAAAUUUUAAAAAGCUAAGCAAAGUACUUCGAAGCUAAGGUUGUUAAUUUCAUUGUCAAAUUUUAAGGCAUUACAAACAUCCGGUUAGUUUUCUACGCUUUUUAAAAGUUUACAAAGAUAAACUUCUGAGUGUUUGAAGAAGCUGGUGUCAUCGAUUGCCGGAGUCAAUUUACUGAUUUUACUCGGACAUGAAAUGCUUUCGACGAAAAAAGCUUCAGGCUUUGAGAAAAACAAAAAGAAAAUUAGGUCAACGAAUCAAUUUAUACAUCCUUGCCCAUUUUUACACUUAUAAGUAGAUCCCACCAAUAAUGUAGAAAAAGUUAACACUUCGGACGUUUGACCGCGGUGGAACUCAAUCUUGUGACACUGUGAAGCUUCAAAGAGUUUUCUCUCAAUCAUAAUAAAUACAAAAAACACGUUUAAUAUAUACAAAUCACCCAGUAGAGUAUAAGAAUGUAAGGUGUAAUUAAGAAUAGUUAUGUCAAAUCACCCAUACGGAAUGGAUAUUACGGAACGCAUGUUUGUCUUUUAUUGUAAUACAUUACCACGGCAUUGCCAAAUAAAUUCAAAUUGAUUUAGUAAUUGCAUGAUGUUUAUUGUUGAUCUGGACGCUUUUAAGCUUUCGACUUUUACUUUACAUUUAUAAUUGAUUAACUUAUAAAGUAAUUUAUCUGAGUGUGUGUUUUGCCUUUCAGCUAAGGAGAUUCUCAUGGGAAGUCAACAAUUGGUAGACGUUGCUGCUAAAGGAGCCAUGCUAGGUGCAGCGGUAGGGGCCUUGACGGCAGUUUAUUCCAUCAACCGUAAGUAUGAAGCAUGUGUGGUCGAGAUCAAUAGCCUCCAGGCUGACCUAAGAAUACUAAGAAGUAGGAUCAAAGAAAAUUAUCCACUGCUUAACGAUUUGAAGGAGACAAUGGGCGACUUGAAUGUUGUGUGGCGAGUCUGA